AUGACUUCUCUCACAAGGAAUCUCCCGUGGUUUGUAAGGGAUCUUGGCGUAGGAGCCAUCGGAGAGACAUGUUACGUUUCUCUUGUAGAGAAUCUGAAUGUGGGCGACGUGCCAUGCCUCAAACUCUCGCUUUCUAAGGGGCUUGGGAUUGGCAUUGUGGUUGGUGGUUCAAUCAUGAAAGUACCGCAGUUACUUCUAAUUGUAAAGGCACGCUCUGCUCGUGGCCUCUCGCUGGAGUCAUACGUCCUCGAAACACUGGCGUACGCCAUUCAGACUACUUAUUCGUUUAGAAACAGAUUUCCCUUCUCCACGUACGGCGAGAAUUUCUUCUUGACCAUCCAGAACAUCAUCAUCACUUUCCUCGUCAUUUUGUAUGCCUCACACAAAACUCUUUCCCAGUCUCCUUCCUCGCGGCUCGCAACAGCUGCGCUGGCGACAGCUGUCACUGCCACGGUCUUGAUCACGGUCCCCAUAUCUUUCCUCGCCUAUCUCCAGAUAUCAACUCUCCCCAUCUCAGUAGCGUCGAAGCUGCCCCAAAUCCGACAGAACAUGCGCUCACAGUCGACGGGCCAGCUCUCGGCGUUUGCGGUGCUCUCUCAAAUAGCAGGAUGCCUCGCGAGACUGUUCACCACGGCGACAGAGGUUGGGGACCCUCUUGUGGCUGCUGGGUUCGCGUUGGCAUUGGCGCUGAAUUGUAUCCUUGGAUUUCAAAUGUGGAUGUACUGGGGGAAGGAUCCGUUUGAUGGGGAUAUGAUUGAGAAAGGUCUUAGCCGGAACUCUUUACCUGUAUCACUGCCGUCGAGGAAAUCUGAUUGA